AUGUCACCAGUGCAGAUUGGGUUAUCACAAGAAAACACCAUAUCUUACGAUUUAAUUAUUUAUACAAAAUGUAUUUAGUUUAUUAAAGAAAUAAUUAUUAAACUAUGAUGCGUAGCUUGGUGUGCUUUGUGUUUUUUGUGGUGUGUGUGAGUGUCAUUAAUACAAAGGCCCAAGAUGAUACAAAGGGAAGUAUUCUGUUAAAAAGACUUGCUCGCCACGCAAGACGAUACAGCAGCAGUUCGGAAGAACCUUGGCGAAAUUGGGAACCUGUGCCUAGAUUGAACUGGGAUGAUUUUUUUAAUAGUUCACGUCCCAGAUGGCACCAUCACCAUGACUGGCACCACCACAACCGUCACAACCCGUGCACGUGUCAAAAACCUCAAUUCCCUGAAUUCCAACCUCCUCCUCUCCCACCAAAUCCCAAAUAUCCUGUCUUUCCAGAAUUUCCGUGCUUUCCUGGUUCAAACCCUCCCUUUCCGCCUGGAUGUAAAGUGAGUCCACCACAGCCUAAUAGCACUGAAACACCCGAGAAUAUGACGACAACUAUUAAUCCUUUGCUACCCAGUACCACCGGUGGCUUUUGGGGUAUGGAAUGGCCUGAUUUGCAAGAUAAGAAUAAUACUAUCGAAGAAGAGUUACCUGGACCCGAGAUUGCCUAGAAGUUCCAUUAAGAAUCAUGUGUUUUAGUGUAUUUAACCAUAAUUAUAUAAAUGAGUAAAUAAAUUACUUUAUCACCGCAUCAGUUCGUAUAUAAAACAGAGGUCUUUUGUUAACAUUAACAUAAAUAGACUAGAAUUAAUAAAAUAAUAAAUACUAACAACAUUACAGUACGUAAAUACUAUGGAACUUUUUUGACAAAAAUGUAUAGGCCUUAACAAGUAAGAGUAAGUGAAUAGUCAUAUAAAAGAUAGAGCGAGAAGUUUUUAGGUCGAAUGAUGCUUUUUUGGGAUACAAAUAUACAAUCUUGUAUAUUUGUAUCUAUCCUAUAACGUGAUGUAAGAUAAAUAUGACGAGUAAAUAUAAAGUAAAACAAGAAGGUA